GUCACUGUUUCUUUAUCAUUUCGGUGGCAAACUUAACGUAGUAUGGCCGUCGUUUGGAAGUAUUCACAGUUUUACUUCCACAAAGAAUACGCGAUAAACAUUUCACAGAGCGAAUUACGAAAGACAUUUUUAAAUAAAUUUUUUACGCGUGUGAGAUAAAAAUUAAACGAAAGUGUUUGUUUGGAAUAUAGAAGACAGAGUAAUUUCGACCUAAAUUUUUUAUAAAUUUUGCGAAUUUCUCAGUUUUAUAAAAUUCAAAAUGUGGUUAGUCAGUCAGCCUAAUUCUGUGAUUUUGGAAGUCAAGGUGGAACCUAACUCGAUUGGACAGCAAUGUCUGGAAAAAGUGUGCGAAAAACUCGAAAUCGGCGCGGAAGCUGACUACUUCGGCCUACGAGUCUGCUCAGGGUCCGGUCCGGGAAGAUGGCUAAAUCUACGCAAUCAUUUAGACCCCCACCGCAUACCGAGCAGACGACUAGAUCUACGCGUUAAAUUCUGGGUCCCUCCUCAUCUCCUUAUCAAUGAACCCACAAGACACCAGUUCUAUCUACACGCGAAAUUAGACCUUAUCGAGGGAAGGUUGGUCGUAGCAGACCAAGAAGUCGCACGACGUAUCAUCGCUUACAUUGCUCAAGCAGAGACCGGUGACUGCGAUCCCGAUGUUCCCACACACGUGUACGCGGAAUGCCACAAAAUCGGUCCACAGGGUGAGAAACCGGACGAUCAUAUGGCGAAAAUUAUAGAAUACCAUUGUGAGAUUUCUGGUAUGAGAGCGUCUCAAGCUGAAUAUAGGCUGUUAAAAGAGAUAUCGAAGUUGGAAUCCUUCGGGGAGGAGCUGUUCUUCUGCAAGCCAACAACACAGAGCAAUAACGCAUAUAAUUUGUACAGCCAUCUCUUGUACCACCGACAGCAGGCUGAGGAACCAAGAGCGAGAGAUGAGCAGGAGAUAGACGGAGGUGCGACGGUUGGUUGCUUGGCGACGGGACAAAAUGGUGGCGGUUGUGGAUGUAGACUGAGUACGUGUGUGGGUGUCGGGCCACAUGGCAUCGUCGUGUACAGGCCAGCCUGCAACGGUGAACAUGAAAUUGGUGUGGAGAAACAAAGUAUCCCUUACACUGCAAUACACCGGGCUCAGCCUCUUCGCCGUAUCUUCCAACUGGCGUUCGUGACGGGAAAGGGUCAUGAAGCGACGAUGCAAUUCAAAAUGGCGACUUCUGGACAAGCUGCUGCACUUUACCGCGCUGUCACUGAGAAACACGCAUUCUACUGUUGCGAAACAGUUAGGACCGAUGUCACUGAGCAGUUUAUUAGAGAUCUAAAGGGUACGAUCGCCUCGAUAUUCAACGACUCGUCGACGCUGGGCCGUCGCUACGUGUUCGACAUCCGGCGCACGUGUCGCGAAGUGCACGACCGCGCGCGCCGCGACCGCCACGCGCGCGCGCCCGCCGAGCCGCGCCGGCGCGCCGGGCCUGCAGCCGAGGAGUCCCGCCAGCGCUCUCGCUCGCGCAGCGGCAGCGACGUGUUCGCUUGUCGCGUGUGUAUGGACGCCGCCAUCGACACGCUGUUCCUGCCGUGUCGACACGUCGUCUGCUGCAACGAAUGUGCGCCGCGUUGUGAACGCUGUCCCUUGUGCCGCGGCGAAAUAGAGAAACUAAUGCACAUUUUUCUACCAGUAGAAUAUCAGAAAAGUCCUGGUGUAAUAAUAAAAUAGUCAUCGCUGUACGCGGCGCUUCGCUGUAACGAAAUGGAACGAGAUUGCUGCAAGACGUCAAAAUUUUCGAACGAAAAUUUCUUUGGACGUGUCAGCCCAGUUUGCGCGAAAGUUGACAAUAAACUUGACAUUAAGGAAUGUGCGCACAGGAUUGUAGAUUGUGAACCGACUGCCUUAUUGGACAAUAACAAUGAUAAGUGUGUGUGUGAUUGUCUAGUCAGAUCUUUUGACGCGUUAAAUGUGCAUUUUUAACUAUAACUUUUUAAUGGAAUGUCGUUCGACUGAGAAGUUUGAUCACAUUCCAAAAUGUAUUCAGUAAUCCGUACUUACUUCUUAGCAUUUAAGAAUAAGUGGAGUUUAUCAAUUAUAAUAUAAAAAUUAACAAAAACGUCUUAAUACUUACAUUAUGCUAAGUGUACUUUCCUUCGUUUUAGAAGGCAAUAUAUAUCUAUCUAACUUAGACAUAUACUUGUGAUAACAUUAACAUUCUAUCUAUGCCACAAGCGUCUUCAUUUUUAAAUAAAAAGAUAGAAUAAAUUUUACCAAA